AGUUCUGUGAGAGAGGCAACGCCAGCAUCACCGGGAAUUAGGUUAUAUAGCUUUGCCCGGUCACAGUGUAAGCUGCCAAGUCACUAAACUCAGGCCCAGACUUCCCAGCGGGUGUGAUGGAGAUCAGCUUUACAGGGCGCCGGGCUCUCGUCACCGGGGCAGGGAGUGGGAUCGGACGGCAGACGGUGAAGGCGCUGAAGGCGGGGGGAGCAGAUGUGGUUGCACUGAGCCUGACAUCAGAAAAUCUGGAGAGCCUGGCCAAGGAGUGCCCUGGAGUAGAGACAGUGUGUGUAGACCUGGGUGACUGGUCAGCGACAGAGGCUGCCCUCAAAUCGGUGGGUCCCAUAGACCUUUUGGUGAACGAUGCAGGAAUUGCUUUAGCAGACCCUUUCCUUGAAAUUACAAAGGAAGCAUUUGACAGGAGCUUUGCAGUGAAUGCUAGAGCUGCAAUUUUGGUAUCACAGAUUGUCGUCCGUCAGAUGAUUGAACGGGGAGUGCCUGGUGCUAUUGUCAAUGUGUCCAGUCAGGCAUCCCAGGCAGCAAUAGCAGAUCACGCUGUCUACUGUGGCACAAAAGGGGCUCUUGAUAUCAUAUCUAAGACGAUGGCUCUUGAACUGGGACCUAACAAGAUUCGUGUAAACUGUGUGAACCCCACAUUAGUAAUGACUGCAAUGGGAGAGGCUUUCGUUCAUGGCCAGUCUAAUAAGGCUGUUACAGAAAUGCGAAAUCGGAUUCCUCUGGGACACUUUGCAGUGGUGGAUGAUGUGGUGAACAGCAUUCUCUUCCUGCUGAGUGAUAAGAGCUCCAUGAUCACAGGGGUCUGCCUCCCUGUGGAUGGGGGAUACCUGGCUACAUGACUUCCAGUAAAUCAUCUUGAUGUGGAUCGACCAUUUGCUUGACCUCCUAUUGUCUCUGCCCAUUAAUUGCCAGUGCUACAGUAAAUAUGGAGGUUCGCAGCUAUAAGAAAAUUUCCAGCAAUACGGCUUUUAAUCAUAGCUAUAUUUGUUUGAUCUUUAAUGCUUCCAAGAUAUGUAUCGAGUAAAUUUGAUUAAACCUAAUAAUAAGCUUGUGUAGUGAAAACCUAUAUUUGUAGCAUCAAUGUGCCUGCCUUACAAGUACAUCAAUAAACCAUUAUCCUAAACA